GCUUUGGCAUGGACUGCCUCCCAUACGGUACCUGCACAGGCACACAGCCUCUCUAGCACAGAGAUGACUGCUUACCAAUAAUGGUCCUGCACAGCCAGUCCCCUCCAAGGGAAAGGAAUAGCUGGGGGCAGACCUUCCAGAACAUUAGGAAAGGAUGAGCCCAGUUAAGGUGCCUCAUGACCACCUUUACCUCCAACUUAAGGCCUGAAAGCCAGCCUGUCCUGCUUUUCUCCGCAGGCCUUCCUAGGCCCGUCCCUUCCCGGAAGUGCUCCCAUUUCCAUCUUUCACAGAACUUGUCUCAUCCCCUGACUCUGGGACUGGAUAGCCAGGACCCAAAGGGCUGAUGAGCCCUCCUCCCUGAGACACCACCUGGGAAACAGCACCAUAGCAACCCGGGCAGCAAACAAUGCUGCCAGUAAGGUCUUCCCUAUAAAGCUGCCCCUCCUGGCAAUUAGGCCCAGAAGAAGAAUGGCCUGUAACCCAGGAAGAUCACUCAGAGGGCGAAGUAAUCCAUCCCAUGCCAGGAAGCCUUUCCUGCAGAUGAUCCUGGCCAAUGGGUCCCUCCCAGACUACCGCACAUGGUCUGAGCGUGAGUUUCUCCUCACGGAUAAGCCGGGGGAAUUGCCUGGCUUCACCCGGCAAGUCUACCACCAGCUGGCCCGGAAGCUGCCACCCUGCACAGACAUCAAGUCCAGGGUGCGCCACCAAGUAAACCAAUCGUGGAAAGAGAAAGCCGAGCACACCUGGGGCUUCCACACGUGGCUUGAUGUGGGGCGCUUGCCCGCCACCUUUCCCAGCAGGCCGGAAAGACCCUAUGAUAGCAAUGUGUGGCGCUGGCUGACGGACUCCAGGGCCCACCGCCAUCCCCCAGCAGACCCCCCCAUCCCCCCGCCCUCCUGGAUGGGUCACAACACCUAUAUGCACUUCAUCAGCUGCGCUCCUAUCUUCUUGAAUGAGUAUAAAAAGGAACAGGCGAUUCUAAGGGCAGUGAAAGAACUAAAAGAAGUGGAGAAACUCAAGCUGAGGAGUGAAGCAAGGGCACCUCCACUUGACACCAAUGGCAACAUCCUGCCGCCAAAGAACUUCAAGAAGUAUCUCCACUUCUCAGCUGGUGGAAGGUUUGAACCUUUCGGCUUCCAGCUUCUGCCCACCCCACUUCCCAGUGACUCUGCCAGGAGCAGGCCCUGUCCGAACCCUGUGCCUCACUACCAGGAGAAGGUGCUAAAGCUGGCCUUCUUGCCAAGUGCACCCCUGGGAAAGGACCUCGUGAAGAAUUACCAAACCCUGAUAAAGGACCGCAUUGCCUUUCCCCUCCACAUUCUCUCCAAGGCACAACCCAGCAAAGCCUUUUCCAGGAAGAGAAAAAGAAGACCUGUGCACACCUUGAAAAGCCUCCAGAUGGGUGAGGACCACGGUGGACACACCGCCCCGUAGGCUCCAGUGUUCUCAGUAAAUGUACCUUAAGCAGGAAGGCUUUGAGUGGCUGAUGGACUCUGGCUUCCCAGAAUGG